AUGGCCGCCGCACAUUCUCUCGAUGACGACAUUUCCUGCAGCAUCUGUUUGACCGUUUUCAAACGCCCGCGCUCUCUUCCGUGCGGUCACACGUUUUGUCGGAAAUGUUUACAACGUCACAUAGACGCCAACGUCACUGACGACGACACGUUUGGCUGUCCGCUCUGCAGACACGAAAUCUGCAUCCCAGACCCAACCGAACCAGAAAAAGACUGGGCCAAACAAUUUCCCGUUAAUGUUGCUCUACAAAGUGCCAUAAGCGCUAUCAGGCAGUUAGAACCACGUGAAGUCCCCGCCACCCAAAAAGUAACGGACCCCGACAAGCACACGAUGCGACUUGUGUGUGACACACUCAAGCUGUACGUGAAGUUUCUCCAGGGCCGGAUGAAGUCUGACAUUGAACGACUUGAACGCUGUGUGGACGUCAGCGCCGCGGUGGCUGUCGACGGGAUUGACAGAAAAGUGGACGAAUUAAUAGAGAUGUACACAGCAGCUAUACACAAGGAACAGGCCAAGAUGAAGAAAAGACUGGAAACAUCUCGCCUUUCUCUUGACAGGGAAAUCUUUAACUUAUUCAGCCAACACAGAGAGAUAAUCGACGAUGCUAAAAGAAUGAUAGAUAUGGGUGAACACCUUCUUACGUCUGGGAAAGAAUCGGAUAUCCAGUAUAACAUUCCGAAAUUUGCACAGAUGCAGCAGGAAAUCUCUGAUUUCGUCAAUGCCGUUCGAUCCAAAUCUAAGAUCCCUGACCUACAAAUUGUCUUCACUGAAGUUGAGACAAGCGACAAGUUGUCUGUCGACAUUGGUGAAAUAACUGACGCAGAACACCUCGUCCGAACUCUUCUGCAGAGAGACAGACAGGCGAACAGGAUGACGGAUACACUGAUACACGCACGGACACUGAUCACAAACCUUACAUCAGACUUAGAAUCACCUCUUGUGAAGUCCAUCCUGGUGUUGGAAGGUAAAGGCCAAAACGCAAGUAAAAUUAUUGUCUCUGAUUGGAACAACAGAUGUGUGAAGUGGUUCAAUUCAAAGACUUCAGCUCUGCGCUACACAUUCAGGCUUCCAGGACCACCACGUGGUCUUGCUAAGUCAUGUGACGAGCAAGUCGUAGUCGUUCUGCCACGACAGAAACAGAUUGUGUAUCUGAACGUACAGGAUGACGUCACACUGACGAAGACACUGACAACCGAGAAGGAAUACAUCUACGUUACCAUGUUGCCUGGCAACCGGCUGGCGGUCAGUGGGUGGGACUCGAUGUUUGGGGACGGCUCUAUAGACUUACUUGACGACGGAGGUCGGGUCAUUCGUUCCCUCCGCCGAGAUUUGAUCCCUUGUCCAAGAUACCUGGUGGCGAAAGGUCUCUCUCUGGUUGUGGUAUCACGAAAACUCCAGUCCCUGGUGUGCGUUACUCCGUCAGGGGUGAUCCUGUGGACGUCACGUGACUCAGCAUGGCUACGCAGUCCAAUCGGUGUCGCGUGCGACGUGGAGGAGUUUGUUUACGUCUGUGACGAUAAGAGAAAUUGUGUCGUUCAGUUGUCACGUGACGGAAAGUUCGUCCGUGACAUCAUUACGCAUCAGGGUGAACUGUCGAAGCCGCAGUUUGUCUGUUGUGAUCGGGAUAACCUUUAUGUCGUCCAGAGCAACGGAAAAGUGAAAAUAUUCACUUGGAGCAAAUGUGAAGAAUGA